AUGUGGUGGGAUGUUGGAAAACGCAACAUACAACAGCUUACCAAACAGUAUACAGCAAAACUCAGUAAAAACUAUCACACCAUUAAACGGGAUAUCUGUAAUACAAUAGAGCAGUUAGAGGUGGUUGCCAAUGGCAACCCCGUGGUUGAGAGACAGCUUUCUGAAAAGCGAGACAUGCUCGAAAACCUUGUGAAAACUGAAGCGAGAGGCACAGCCAUACGAGCACGGCAUCGCUUAUUAAAUGAAAAUGAUGCACCAACAUCGUACUUUUUUGAACUUGAAAAACAUAAAGACUGUCAGAAUAUUCUAUUAAGAGAUCUUCCUCAGUUGUCUGCUGACCAAAAAGAGAAAUGCGACUCGGAUCUCACCUUUGAUGAACUUUCUAAGGCAGUCAAACUCCUGUCACGUGGUAAAACGCCUGGAAUCAACGGAUUACUGUGUGAGUUUUACAAACAAUUUUGGAAGGUGUUGGGCAAAGAUCUGUACGACGUUUUCUCUGCCUCUCUUGAAGAUGGUGUGUUAUCGUUGUCUUGUCGGAGGGCAGUUAUUUCCUUGUUGCCCAAAAACGGAAAUAACAAUUUAUUAAGUAACUGGAGACCGGUGAGCCUCCUUUGUACGGAUUACAAAAUCUUUACAAAAGCACUUUCCUUACGGCUUCGUGAUGCACUCGAUGAAAUAAUUCAUAUUGAUCAAUCGUAUUGUAUUCCGGGAAGACGCAUCUUUGAUAAUAUAAGUCUAGUCCGGGAUAUUAUUUCAUAUUCCAACAUUAAUAAUGUACCACUUGCUAUAGUCGCUCUAGAUCAGCAGAAAGCGUUUGACCGGGUGCAUCACAAUUUUUUAUUCAAAACACUACAGGCUUUCGGUUUUGGCGAAGCCUUUAUUAAACAUAUUAAAUUAAUUUAUUCUGGAGCACAGAGUCUCAUUAGAGUCAACUCGACACUCACAAAUCCUGUCAAUUUUCUACGCGGAAUACGACAGGGCGACUCACUCAGUGGUCAGUUGUACUCUAUUGUUAUUGAGACACUCUUGAACAAAAUACGCAAAGAGAGUGGUAUGCAGGGUUUUAAGACCCACAAUUCAAAUAAUAACCCGACACAUCUAACAGCAUAUGCUGACGAUGUCAGCUUUUUUAUUACACACAACGACGAUUUUCUGAAAUUAAGCAAAUGGAUACAUAUAUAUGAGGAGGCAUCAAACUCAAAAAUUAAUCUUAAUAAGUCGAAUGGUCUCUGGGCAGGAGGUUGGAAAACACGGACUGAUAAACCAUUAUCCAUUACGUGGAACAAUGAGGGGCUAAAGGUGUUUGGCACGUUUCUUGGGAAUAGCGAUGCAUACAUGGCACAGAAUUGGGAUGGCAUUACAGAUAAAGUGAAAUCUAAACUUGAAUGGUGGGGAAGGUUUUCACCUAAGAUGUCCUACCGAGAUGAGCAUGUGUCACCUGUUUUAAAUCGUCUUUGGGAGUCAGGUAAUGAAAUGGAAAAGCUGUGUAUUAUUUCAAAGGUGAAUGCCGAAGUACUAGAUAAUGUGACCUUCCAUUCUGAAACACUUUCCGAAGAACUACUGUCAGUGACGAAGAUUUUUGAUCAGAUGAAACAAUAUAAAACAGGCCGUGAAGCCAGAAAGAAAAAAGAAAAAGAAGAGGCAGUACAGAUCGAAAAACAACAACUGCUCGAUCAAGCAAAUCAUUCGUAUCAGUCCACGCUCACUAUGAUUGAAGUCACUGACAAGGCAACUGAAGAUGCAAACAAUAUCGUCAAGAAUGCCAAGCAAUUGGCAAACGAUUACGGAUUGACGAAUGAAGAGAUGUUAGAAAAAGCUGAAAUGAAAUUAACCACUGUCAAAAACACUUCAACAGAAACUAAGAAGAUUAUAGGUGAAGCGAAAUCAACCUUAAGUAAAAUGACACAAUUUGUGAAAUUAAACAAUGCUCUAUAUGAUGUACAAGAAUCUGACAAGAAAAUGAAAGAAUAUGUUAAACAAAUUAAAUCGUCAUCUGAGACUGCAAUAGCACAAGCACGUGAAGCAGAGUGGCUUGGUACUAAUGUUAUUGAAAAGGUGAACACCUUGAAAAUGAAAGACGAAGCUAAAUCAAUUGUAAAAAAGGCAAGAAAUGUUGCAACUUCGGUAAUACAGGAUGCAGAAUCCGCAUCGGAUUCAGCCCUUGAAUUAGAAAAUUUAUUUGACCGUAUGAACAUUAUUGCUGACAGUGUCAUGACUAGUGAGGUGAAAUCUCUAAUAACAGAGCUUAAACAGUCAUCUAAGGAUGGGAGACAAGCUGCAAAAAAAGCAAACGAUCAUUCAGAUACAAUUGACAACUUAUUAGCAAGAGAUGAUAUACAACAUAUGAAAAAUGCCAUAUUGGAAACUGAAAAAGCCAUAAAUAAUGCGGAAACUGAGUCAGUUAAUAUGAAAAAGCUGCUUGCAAAAUCUACUGAAUUGAAAGGGCAAGUGGAAAUAUUUAUUCAGAAACAUUCACUUGCUGUUACAGCCAAAGCACGUACAGAUGAAGCAAAACAUAUUGUUGAUGACCUUCGUGAACAACUUAAAGAAACAGCAGUAAUAAUUAUAAAAGCUAGGGAUAUGCUUAGUCAGGAAAGUGUUUCAUGUGAACACAUUUUUCAAGUGUCUGUAGAAGAACAAAGAAAAGAAAACUCGAUUCAUGUCUCAAACUGGGAAACUGAUUUGAAAGAAGCUGAAAGAAAGCAAAAAGAAGCAUCAGAGUUGUUGGAGGAGGCAAUACAGUCAGUUGAUCAAACUACACAUGCAGCACAACAAAUAAACCGCAAUUAUAGAUCAAAGGGGUCUGUAGAUCCUACAAACGAAAAAGUAAACUUGGAAAAGGCAUUUGAAAAGACACAAUCUUCAGUUGGGAAAGCAAGGCAUGUUGGAGAUGAAGCUAAAACAUUAGCAACACAAAUUGUUAACCAAAUUUCUGAAUGCCGGACGCAACGCGCUGCUGAUGGGACACUUCUGAAAGCAAGAGACUUAGCACAGGUUAUUUCAACUGAACUAGAUAUAGCGAAUUCCAUAUCAACAGAUGCCAAUGAAAUUGUUGUUAAAUUGCUUUCCAGUAUAGAAAAUAUAGCUACAGUGACAGAUGAACUUAAAUCUUCUGAUCGCAAAGGAAAGGAAAAUGCUGCAACAUUGCAGAAGCUAAUGACUGACAUAAAGGAUAGAAUCUCUACCACAGAAAGAACUAGAAAUUAUGACGAGUUGGAUUUAUUGAAACAAAGUAUUACUAGUCUCAAUGAAUGGAUGAAGAAAAUCGAUGAAGAAGUUGAAGAUUUAAAGGAAACUAACAAGAACUCUCGCAAAACAGUCGAUGAUAUUAUGAAACAUGUUGCAGCACAUAACAAGGCUGAAACAGUCACAAAAACAUAUCCUGUUAUUGAGGAAGUAAAACGGUUUGCUAUGGAAAUCCGUGAAAAAUGUAAAACUUCAAGCCAAUCCGUUACAAAUACCAAUCUAGCUGCUGAGCAGUGUGGAGCAGACACGGAUGAAGCAAAACGAGUAAUUCAAGAAGCUCAGGAUGCAGCUCAGGAUACAAACAAUCGCAUAAGUGCAGUUUUAUCUUCAGUGGAUGAUAUCGAAAAAGCGAUAGAUGACCUGAUUGCUACAUUUAAAAACAGCGAUAAAACAGAUCAUGAUGUGACGAAAUACAAAGAAGCACUUGACAAAUGUGUUGAUAAUACCAAACAUUGUUUUGAAAAAGUGAAUGAAGGAAUAAAGAAAUCAGAUACAAUUAUCAAAGACAUGGAUUUCAAAAAUACAAAGCACUGGAUCCUUAAAAAGUUUGUAUCACCAAAUAAGGAUAUAUUGUGUAUUAUCAGAGCUCAUUCUUGCGUUUUAGAACAUGUAGAUGUUACAUGCACCACGAAUAACGACCUUAUAGACACUGCAAUUGGCGAAUAUGAGGAGUUGCUUAGCAACGUAAUUACUCUGGAACCUCAAAAUGUUACACUGGAAAGGUCCAUACUGGUUGCUGUACCAUACAUGCCGCAGAUGCGUAUGAGAGGAUUUGAAGUACUUGUCAAAUCAAUGGGUCAAAAUGGCGAGUGGAAUGUGGUGGCAACUAACUCGACUGAGAGAAAAUUUGAAAAAUAUCAGGGGUUAUUAUUUGCAGAAGUUAAUGUUAAAAACCUGUCUACAUUUGUUGUGGUGUUGAGAAUCGUUAAAGACUGUCAAUCGAUUGGAAAGACAUGUGUUACAGUGAUGUCAUCAAUAGAUCCGAAUGUCUCUGUCACAUAUGAAAAAGGAACCUUUCCAUGUCCCACUGAUGCAACUUUGCAGGUGAUACCUACUAAUAUACAACCUCACCAAAUGGAAACACUUGGAAAGCAAGUUUCAAAAGCAUCCCCAGUGCUUCACUUAUCACAUGGACGUAAAUUAGACAAGCCACUAACGGCGACAUUACCUAUGAAAAUGUUCAGCCAAUACACGAAAGCCGAUAAAGAAGAUGAAAAAAAAAUUGGCGGUAACAGAUCAGGAUUAAAGAUGAAUGGGAAACAUUCGCUGGUCGGAAAAUCUCAAAGAAAGGAAGUAGCAGGACCCAAUAACCACGGGGAAACAGUGGUAUUGGUAAAAAACAGAGGAACAUCAUGGCAAAUGCCGAAAACUGACAUUCAACAUGUGAAUAAAGGUUCAGUCACAGUCACAAUACCUGAGGGUUACAAUAUUGUUUUGGCAAUGGAGAUGAGAGAAGGUUCAUCAAUGCUACCUCCAAAAGCUGCAGCGGAAUUAGAGAAGUGUAGAUUUGUUAACUUAGUUAAGGUUAUUCUUCACCACUUUACGGAAGACAAAUCAAGGAUUGUAGUUCAGGUUGCACCAGCAGAUCAGUGUGAUGAGAUUAUGAGCCAACUGGAAGAAAAAGGUUUUGAAGGACCACCAUUGCCAAGUGAUGCAGUUGAGAUCAGGGAACGACAACUGUUCAAUGUCAAAUUCAGAAAUAAUAUCCAACUGACACACCAGGAAGCCAAGCACAGUAUCACGUUCUAUGCAGCACUUUCAAAUUAUAUAGAGCUCUUUGUCAAAGAAGUAGAUCCAUAUAGAAACUUCAAUGGCGAUUUUCAUCGUGGAGUAGCAGAAUUCUCCAAGAAAGAUAAUGACCAAUCCAAAUUGUAUGUUGACCCAGCUGAGGUCGAAAAUGAAUGGACAUAUAUGACAGAGUUACCUGUGGCUUUGCCCAAGUUGCCACAGAUGACCCGUGAAAGAACAAGAGUCAAAACUGCUAGUGCAGGACCUUUGAACAACGUAUGUCUUCAAGAUUUAGCAAAAGAACUAGGAAGGGAGUUUGAAGCUCUUGCAACAUAUCUUUCAAUCGACCCACCUCAGUUGCAGCGGAUCAAAGCACAGAAUCCCAAUAAUACACAGCAGCAGAUAUUUGAAAUGUUGGUGACCUGGAGAAAUAAAACUAAACGAUCUGAAAAUAAAAUGGCAAUACUGACCAAAGCUUUACGGAGUUGUGAUCGUGUUGACCUAGCUGAGACACUUGAAGCAGAAAAGUGA